AGAAUCGUCGAAACUCAAAAGAGAGGAUUAUGCACCGUAUCCGGAGCUGUCGAAACAAAGAAGAGAGUUUAGAUCUUUCUAGAAGCGGACCAUAAAGUGCCAAUUCUCUAGACAUCUCUCGCGGACUACCUCAAAUUCCAAGCUUCGAGUUCUCGCCAGCCAGCGUCAGCAAAGCAAAGGGAGUUAUUACUCUUCCGAAUUAUAAAAUAAACUAAACCGAAAAAGAAUUAGAGAGGGAGAGGGAGAUAUUUCUAGAAUCAACCACACACGUCCUUCCCUUCGCAACUCACCUCCGCUCGCUUUCAUUCCUUCUCCCUUUAAAGGUGCGACGAUACUUAUAACCCUAGCCUUCUCUUCUCUGCGCGACGAUUCGAUUCAGUCUAGUCUCUGAGCGAAUCUCGGGGUUCUGUGCUUGCGUUUCAUCGCCUGAGCUCUCUCUCUCUUCAACUCCCUCGUAGAUCUGUGGUCAUCCUGAAUACUGACUUGUUCAGUGAAUUUGUUGGAUUUAGGAAAACAUGAGUGUGGUUGGCUUUGAUUUCGGAAAUGAAAACUGCCUUGUUGCUGUGGCAAGACAAAGAGGAAUUGAUGUCGUUCUUAAUGACGAAUCAAAACGUGAGACUCCAGCCAUUGUUUGCUUUGGGGAGAAGCAAAGGUUCAUUGGUACUGCAGGGGCUGCCUCUACUAUGACUAACCCCAAAAAUUCCAUUAGUCAGAUUAAGCGCUUAAUUGGACGCCCAUUCAGUGACCCUGAAUUGCAGAGGGAUCUAAAGUCGUUGCCAUAUGCUGUCUCUGAAGGACCUGAUGGGUUCCCCUUGAUCCAUGCUCGGUAUUUGGGCGAAAUGAGGACAUUCACGCCUACUCAGGUUUUGGGAAUGGUGCUGUCAAAUUUGAAAGAGAUAGCAGAGAAGAAUCUCAACACUGCAGUGGUUGACUGCUGCAUAGGGAUUCCUGUUUAUUUCACCGAUCUACAGCGAAGGGCUGUCUUGGAUGCUGCCACAAUUGCAGGAUUGCAUCCGCUUCGUUUGUUUCAUGAAACUACUGCAACUGCACUUGCUUAUGGAAUUUACAAAACUGACUUGCCUGAAAGUGACCAAAUGAAUGUCGCUUUCGUUGAUGUUGGCCAUGCGAGUAUGCAAGUAUGCAUUGUUGGAUACAAGAAAGGGCAGCUCAAGGUACUGGCACAUGCUUUUGACCGGUCCCUAGGAGGCAGAGACUUUGAUGAAGCUCUGUUCACCCACUUUGCUGCAAAGUUCAAGGAUGAGUACAAGAUAGAUGUUUAUCAGAAUGCCAGAGCUUGUCUCAGGCUGAGAGCUGCUUGUGAGAAAUUAAAGAAGGUUCUCAGUGCUAAUCCUGAGGCACCUUUGAAUAUUGAGUGUUUGAUGGAAGAGAAAGAUGUGAGAGGUUACAUUAAGAGAGAUGAGUUUGAACAGAUUAGUCUGCCUAUAUUGGAUCGUGUGAAGAAGCCAUUGGAGAAGGCUCUUCAUGAUGCUGGACUUUCUGUUGAGAAUGUUCAUACAGUUGAGGUUAUUGGUUCUGCAUCUCGUAUACCCUCUGUUUUUAAGAUUCUGACAGAGUUCUUUGGCAAGGAGCCAAGGCGCACAAUGAAUGCUAGUGAGUGUGUUUCUAGGGGGUGUGCUUUGCAAUGUGCUAUCCUUAGCCCCACAUUCAAAGUGAGAGAAUUCCAGGUUCAUGAGAGCUUUCCAUUCUCAAUUGCUAUGACCUGGAAAGGUGCAGCACCGGAGACUCAAAAUGGGGCUGCUGAUAGCCAACAGAGCACUCUUGUUUUCCCCAGGGGAAAUGCCUUACCCAGCAUCAAGUCUCUGACUUUCUACCGGUCAGAGACAUUUUCUGUUGAUGUCCAAUAUGCAGAGACAGAUGGACUGGUGGCACCUGCUAAAAUCAGUUCUUAUACCAUUGGGCCUUUCCAGGCCACAAAGGGUGAGCGUGCCAAAGUUAAGGUGAAAACUCGCCUGAAUUUGCACGGGAUUGUGUCCGUCGAGGCUGCAACGCUUUUGGAAGAGGAAGAAGUUGAAAUUCCCGUAUCGAAAGAGCCAGCCACCAAGAUGGACACUGAUGAUGCUCCAAGUGAUAGUGUGCCGCCCAGCACGAGUGAAGCUGAUAUGAAUGCACAGGAAGGCAAUGCUGGUGUUGAAAAUGGUGCUUCUGAUGCUGGAGAUAAGCCUUCACAAAUGGAAACAGAUAGCAAGGCUGAUGCUCCGAAGAGGAAAGUUAAGAAAUCCAACAUACCUGUAUCAGAAUUGGUCCAUGGUGGAUUGCCUCCAGUUGAUCUUCAGAAAGCAGUAGAAAAGGAGUUUGAGAUGGCCUUGCAAGAUCGAGUGAUGGAAGAGACUAAAGACAAGAAAAAUGCAGUUGAGGCUUAUGUGUAUGAGAUGAGGAACAAGCUCCUUGAUAAGUAUCAAGAGUUUGUCACUGAGCCGGAGAGGGAAGAACUCUUGACCAAGCUACAGCAGGUGGAGGACUGGUUGUAUGAAGAUGGAGAAGAUGAGACAAAAGGUGUUUAUAUUGCUAAGCUUGAGGAGCUAAAGAAGCAAGGCGACCCAAUUGAGCAGCGCUACAAGGAGUCCACUGAGAGGGGAUCCGUAAUCGAUCAACUUGUUUAUUGUGCCAAAAGCUACAGAGAAGCUGCUUUGUCUAACGACAAAUUCGAUCAUAUUGAUAUGGCUGAAAAACAAAAGGUUCUGAAUGAAUGUGCUGAAGCAGAAGCAUGGCUCAGCGAGAAGAAGCAGCAGCAGGACUCCCUCCCCAAGUAUGCUACUCCAAUUCUCUUGUCGGCCGAUUUGAGAAGGAAGGCUGAGGCACUUGACAGGGUUUGCCGGCCAAUAAUGACGAAACCAAAGCCAGCACCACCAAAGCCGGCUACUCCUGAAGUGCCCGCGGCAUCCCCUGAACAACCUCCUCAAGGUGGCCAUGCUGAUCCCAAUGCCAAUGCCAAUGCCAAUGCCAAUGCCAAUGCCAAUGCCAAUGUCGACCCAAGCAAUAAUGAUGAGAAGCCUGCUGGCGAUGCCCCAGCAAGUGGGGAGCCAAUGGAUACAGACGAUCAGGAGGAUUCCACUAAAGCCUGAUAGCAGGUAUCUGUGUGGGCAAGGUUGAGACCGUUAUGUACAAGUGCUCUUUGGAAGGCUCUGGUUCGGGUGUAAGUGGUAGACAGUUUUGCAAUUCGAAUGUGUUGAUGAACGAUCGCGUGCUGGAUUUUCAUUUUAAUUGUUAUCGGAACAGGAUGAAGGAUCUCUCUCUAAAAUCCGCUAGGCUAUUUUAAGGCAAAGGUUUUUAAGAGGAUUAUUAUUAGGACUGGACUUCAAUUCAGAAGGGUCUGCCUGCGCUGUUUUUGGCCGUGAACUGGUUUUGCAGUAAAGUCUCUAAAGAUGAAUAUGCGCCUUUUUUCUGUCUUCAUUCUCUUGUGUUGGAUCUAUUUUCUGUAUCACGCAUUGAAGAUUUUACCCAUUUGAGUCGGAAUUAUUCAAAAACCAGUAUGUGUUUAAUGAUUAUUCAAGUGAUGAUCCU